UACUUUUCUACCACGCUGUUUGACAGUUGACGCAAACGUCAAAACGUUCUUUCCUUUUCACAACAUCACAACAUAACCCUCGAUUUAAAUUCAAAAUUCUUAGUGGAGUAAUCACAAAAAAAUUCUCAAAAUGUUCAAAAAACCUCUUAGAAUCAAAGCUAAUAAUCCAGUCAAAGCAUCAGAAAGGAAGCAGUUUAAAGAAAAACUGUUGAAGGCAUUUCCGAAACUUAGUAAUACUGAUUUGGAUGACUUAUUGUGCAAGAAAAAUAUCCUGAAUCAGCUGAAAGUGGUCACGCACGAUGAUAAUGUGCUACAAGUUUAUACCAUACAAAAACAGCCAGUGAUUUUUGAUGUUAGGGGAAUUGUAUUCCCAACAGUUUUCUUACUCUGGAGAUUCCCUGAUAUGUUAGAGUGCUUCACAACUCACGAUAACGUUAUGACUUACAUAAGAUCUGGAGCAGAUCUCAUGCUACCAGGGGUUGUAACACCACCUUCAAAUACUAACCUGCCAAAAUAUGGAAAUGUCCAAGAGAAUGAUAUUGUUUAUGUGAACUUUACUACCAAUAGAGCAGCUAUAGCAGUUGGAACAGCUUGCCUCUCAUCAGGAGGUUUUAUUUUAGCAAAUGGCAAAGGAAAGUGUGUUACAAUCUAUCAUUGCUAUGGCGACUACUUGUGCAACUUGGAUAUAUCAGAUACUGUUAAGAUACCAUACCUAGGGCUCCCAAAGUGGUUGAAGGUUCAAGACUAUGAGACAGACUUUCCUGAGCUAGGAAGGGUAAGCAUUUCAAAGCAAGAUUCUGCUUCUCAGACCAAGAGAAGCAAGAAUUUGAUUUACGAAAGGCCUAGCACUGACACCAUUGUAUUGGAGGACCUAGAAACAGUAGAGUGUCAGGCUGAAGAAAACAAAGAAGUGACACCUGAAGAAAUGGAUGAAGUAAUAACGUACUGUUUUUUGGGAGCUUUGAAAUAUGCUAAAAAUGUCACCUUACCAGUAUUAACAUCGAAUUUCUAUAAGUUACAUAUGCUGCCACUAUGUCCUCCAGACAAAAGCAUGGAUAUUAAAAAGUCUACAUUCAAGAGGUUGAAGGUAUUCUUGGAAAAAAUGGAGAAGGAAGCACUUAUAACAAUAAGAGAGAUCAAAAAGGGUGUUGAAGCAAUAGUAUAUAUAAAUAGGGAUCACCCAAAGUAUACAGCUUUCUACAUUCCCCCUGAAAACAGAUAUAAGAAAGAAGACAAAGAAAAUUAUGACUCUAAAACUGAUGUUACUGAAGCUUAUAUUGUGAAUGCCAAAGUUCUUCCUAUAUUCCUUCCAGAGGGAUAUGUGAGAGAAGACACUGUACCAGUUCCAGUGAUUCGAAAUUGUGUAGUCAAAUAUGUGAAAGAGUUGAACUUGCAGUGUGAAGAUAACCCCAAACUCAUCAAGCCAAAACAAAUCAUGGCUGAUAUCUGCAAGACUGAAAACCCUGUCACAUGGGAGGAAGCUAUAGAAUCUGUCUGCCACAGUAUGAAGAGCUGUUUCAAGGUCAAGUCAGCCCAAGGGUUAGAACUAACGAGUAAAGGCAAGAUUAGCCCAAUUACAAUGACUGUGUCAACAAGAUCUGCGAAUAAGAAAGUAACCCUAGUAGACAAUUUGGAACUGUUUGGUAUCAAUAUGACAGAGUUUGCCAAAGAAUGCCAACAUGGCGUGGCUGCCAGCACAAGUAUUAGCAAACCACCAGAUAAGAAAAAUGAGCAACUGCUUGUUCAAGGAAAUCAAGUGAUAUUUGUCUAUAAACUUUUAACAGAUAAAUACAAAGUGCCAAAAAAGUACAUAAGAGGCCUGGAAUUUGCACCUAAGAAAAAAUGAAUGGAUUUCUAGGAUUGGACGAAUUGGUUGACAUUAAAGGAUAAAAUGGAGUUUUGGACGAAAUUAAUUUAUAAAAAAUUGUUAUAAAUGUGUUCGAUUAUAUUUGUUGCUUACAGUGAAUGACCAUUCAUAAUAAAACAUCAUUCACAAGAUAUAAAA